AUGGGAGGCGGAGAAAAUCUUCCGAUGAAUACCAAAGCAGUAUCAUCCGAGCCAGGCCAGAACAUCUACCUCCACGCGGUAGUUGAUCUAGGCAGCAAUGGCAUCCGCUGUUCAAUUUCCGACCUCUCACCACCAAGCACCCGAGUCCUUCCCACGGCGCACUUCCGCCGUGUCAACAUCUCCUUAUACGAAGCCCAAGUCGACCCCAAGACAGGCACCCGAAUUCCCAUUCCGAAACAUGUCAUCGAUCAUGUCGUCAGCGCAAUUGUUCGUUUCCAGAUCGUCUGCGUUGAGAUAGGCGUACCUCAGCAGAACAUUCGAAUUAUAGCAACGGAGGCGACCCGCACCGCGAUCAAUGCCUCCGUAUUCAUGGACGCGAUUCUGCAAAAGACCGGGAUCUCAGUCGAAGCGUUACGGAAGGAAGAAGAGGGCGUGAUUGGCGCAUGGGGUAUUGCCAGCAGCUUCUCAGAUGUAGAGGGACUUGCUCUCGAUCUGGGUGGUGGGAGUAUGCAGAUGACAUGGAUCGCUUCGCAUGCUGGCAAUGUACACAUGAGCCCACAAGGGUCGGUCAGUUUCCCCUACGGAGCAGCUGCCCUAUCACAGAAAUUGGCCGACUUGAAGCGGGAUAAGAGUAAAGAGGAGGCCCACAAAGCUCGGGAGGCGUUUCGUAAAGAGAUGGCGGAUAACUUCCGGGCUGCUUUUGACCGGAUUGAGGUUCCCGAACGGCUGGUGGAAAAAGCCCGGGAGCAAGGAGGGUUUCCUCUAUACCUAUCCGCACCGAAGAAGGACUUCGAGGACACUGAGGCGCUCAAAGAAGUCGCUCGGACGGCGCAUGAGAUUUUCCGAGUCUCUGAUCGUCGACGCAAGCAAGUGCCCUCGGUCGCGUUCUUAGUCAACACUCUAGCCGAGUCAUUACCGCAUGGCAUCAAAGAGGCCCAUUUCUGCCAGGGUGGAGUGCGCGAAGGUGUGCUGUUCCGGGAGAUGCUCCCGGUGGUGCGACAGCAGGAUCCCCUGGAGGUAGCCACAGCCCGACACGCGCCUCAAUCUGCUCAGGCUCUUGCCGGGUUGAUUCUGGCGGCGCUUCCCCGGCCGUCUUCUAAACGAUCCUUCCCGUCUUCGAUCACUCUCCACCUGGUCCAGGCGUUUGUCAACGUUCUCUAUUACCACGCUACCAUGUCCAAGGAGCUGUCCUCUAGCGCCGCGCUGUUCAGCACCAGCACUGGAAUUCUAGCAUCUACACACGGAAUCCCCCAUUCUCAUCGGGCUCUGCUCGCGCUCAUGCUGCAGGAGCGAUAUGGUGGAGAAUUGCCGCCCCGAGAUGUAGAUUUCAAGACCCACUUGCAGGGCAUUCUCACGCCGGAGGAAGUCUGGUGGACUCGUUACCUGGGCAAGGUGGGACUAGUGCUCAGCCAGCUUUAUCCAACCGGUUCAGUUGACAAUUCGAAGCCUCGGAUUGUUCCGAGGGCGGAGUGGCGGAGUGGGCUUGGCAAGAAGGGCAAAAAGGAAGGGCUCGACUUGACAAUAUCUGUUCAAAAGGUGGCUUACGAUCCGACUCAUUUGAAGGAGGAGCUUGAGCAUGAUGUCCAGCGCAUUGAGAAGGUCGGAAAGCGGAAGAACUGGAUUGGUGGACGUGAUGGAUGGGGCAUUAAGGUUCGUGUCUCAGUUGUGGAGGAAGACUUGAUAGUGUGA